AUGGUUUAUGUUCGACAUAUCACCUACCUCGACCCAGGUUCCUGGUUCUUCAAUCGUACAUUGGCUUACACCCGACAAUACUCGGAGAUCCGACGUCAACAAGCCAACGAAUACAUCAGAGCUGCGACCAAGUCCACAUUUCCAACCCUACUUCGAGACCAGUCGACCUCACCAGACCUCUGUGUAGGAGUUGCUGGCUUGCUAGAGGACCCCGCGCAGUACCUUGAGACGAAUGUUGGCUCUCUGCUGGAAGGGCUGAGUGGCUACGAGCGAGACCGACUUCAUCUAUCGGUGUUCUUGACCCAUCGACGAAAUGCCGACUCCAGCCAGAUCCCUGCCCACUUCGAGCCCUGGAUUUCCAAAAUUGUGGACGAAGUUGAGCUAUACAGGCUAUCCGAUAUCCCGCAUAAGUCCUCGACAGAGCACGAGUCAAGGAAAAAAGGCAGACCUUACUACACAGACUUGAUGAAAUCGUGCUACGCAAGCGGUGCGUCAUACAUGGCCACCCUAGAAGGCGAGACUGUGGCAAUGGAUGGCUGGUUUCACCGUACCAUGAAAGCGAUCGACCAAGCAGAAGCUCUAGCAGCUACCCACGACUUCAAGAUCAAUCUCUUCUACCCCGAGAUAUACCUUCCACAGUGGCAUCCUGAAGAUGCACUACGCUCGUUCAUCAUGAGCUCCUCUGCACUUGUGGUCAUCUUCGCCACUGCCAUGUUCGUCAUACGCCUGUCCUCCUCCCGCCUCAGACCCCAUCUUACGAUCCGAGUCAUCCUCACGGUCUCCUGCAUCUGCGUACCAGCACUCAUUGCCCUUGCCAUCUCCGCCGGACGAACUAUUUACCGGCCAUUACCACUUGGCCUCAAUCGUCUCGAAAACCACUACAGCAACUCGCAAGCCUACGUCUUUCCCCGAAAGCUCGCAAAGGAGAUCAUCGAAUGGAAUAACGAUGGCCACGCAUUAGGUGCUUCAGCGGUCGUCAAUGGACGGGGACACGAAGUUGUAUUCACGCUCAAUCCGAGCGUCGUUCAGCAUGUCGGAAGGCACAGUCUCAAGGCGGAGUACUUUGAGCUUGCGGACGAGGCAGACAGAGCGACAGCGGAAGAGCUGUUCAAUUUCGCCUUUGAGCUUAACGAUGCUGACGAGUUGCGCAAGGAGCAUUUGAGAGCUUUAGAACAGCAAUCAGAAAUCGUUUGA